AUGCCUCUCUACCAGCCUCCAGACGUGCAUGCCCCCGUGCUUUCGCAGUUCUCCCUCAAGGGCAAGAUUGCGGCUGUUACUGGUGGCGCGAGAGGCAUUGGCCUGGAAGUGGUCCGAGGCCUCGCAGAAGCCGGGGCCGACGUGGCAAUCAUCUACACCACAAGCGUAAACGCUCCCGAGACAGCUGCCAACGUUGCGGCAGAGACCGGGGUGCGGGUGCAGGCUUAUCAGUCCGAUGUCACUAUCCGAUCAGACAUUGCUGCCACCAUCAAUCAGAUUACAGAGGAGUUUGGACGCGGUCGUCUUGACAUUGUGGUGGCUAAUGCAGGUGUCUGCACCAACUCGCCUAACCUCGAGUACACAGAAGAGACCUGGGCUAGAGACAACCGCGUCAACUAUGACGGGGUUAUGUGGACUGCCCAGGCCGCUGGAAAGAUCUUCAAGAAGCAGGGAAAGGGAAAUUUUAUCAUAACCGCUUCGGUCAGCGCCACUUUAGUCAAUAUCCCCCAGACCCAGGUUGCCUAUAAUGCCUCCAAGGCGGCAGCCUUACACCUGGCUAAGAGUUUGGCUGUUGAAUGGGUCGACUUUGCCCGAAUUAAUUGCAUCUCCCCUGGAUUUAUGAUGACAGAAAUGCUUACUCAACAACCAAAGGAGCUGUUUGAGAAAUGGCUCGCAAUGGUUCCCGCACGAAGAAUCUGCGAUCCAGCAGAGCUUAAGUCCGCAUACGUCUUCUUAGCAAGUGAUGCUUGCAGUUACAUGACCGGAGCGAACAUUAUAAUUGACGGCGGUUACACUUUGCCUUAG